UAUAUCAAAUGUCAACAUUUUUUCAUCCCUUUUACGUCUGCACAUCUCGCCCCAGCCCAUUCAAAGCCCCACCACAACGGCACAAUGCAUUACUCGCAUGAAUGGAGCCUUUUAAUAUUGGGGUUUGGUGUGUCUGUCUGUGUACCUGAUAGUGCACUAUGAAUUGAUUUCGUUCCUUGAUCCAGUCUUGUCAUUUCUUAAUACAAUGCGCGGAAGCCAGUUGGAAAAUGAGAUUGACACCAACAUGGAGAUAUAGAAAGGAUUGAAGUAGUUUGAAAGAAGCCCCUUUGACUGUUUCCGAUUGCGAUGGCCUCUGACGAUGUUUUGAAUAUUGCCUGCGGAUUAUGUAUAUAUCUGUUGCUGUUUUCUGCCGUAACAGCGCAAGAUACUGACAAUUGUCAAGACGACCCAUGUAAGAAUGAUGGAACGUGCAUCGAUUUAGUUUAUGACUAUGAAUGUUCAUGUGCAGAUGGUUGGACCGACAAAAACUGUACUACAGAUAUCGACGAUUGUGCAGGAGUAUCUUGUAACUUUCUUGGAAUCUGCCAGGACAUGGUCAAUGGAUUUAUCUGUGUUUGUAUAACCGGAUUCACCGGUACCUUCUGCGAAACAAAUCUAGAUGAAUGUACACCGAACCCCUGUCAACAUGGUUCUACGUGUCAUCACGGGAUUGGUGGAUAUUCUUGCUCAUGCGCACCAGGCUACACCGGAAAGGAGUGCGAAGAAGAUAUCGAUGAAUGCGCGUCUAAUCCAUGUCCAUCCGGUGGCCAAUGCGUAGAUUUGGUUAACAAAUUUGAGUGCAUCUGUGAUCUUGGUUUGACGGGAACCAUGUGUGAAAUAGACAUCAAUGAAUGUGAGAGUAACCCUUGUCAGAAUGGCGGCUUGUGCACAGAUGAAAUAAAUGGAUAUCGAUGUGACUGCCCCAUAGGUUUCAGUGGAUCUUAUUGUCAAUCAAAUAUCAAUGAAUGUGAGAGUAACCCUUGUCAAAAUGGUGGCAUUUGCACAGAUGAAAUCAAUGGAUAUCGAUGUGACUGCCUCAAUGGCUUCAACGGAACUAAUUGUCAAUCAAAUAUAGACGAAUGUGCUAAGGACCCUUGUUUUAAUGGAGCUACGUGUACGGAUGGGAUUGGAGGAUUCACUUGCUCGUGUGCUCCAGGAUUUACAGGAAUAACAUGUGCAGUAGAUAUGAAUGAGUGUGCAAGUAACCCCUGUCAAAACGGAGCUACCUGUCAGGAUGGAAUCAAUGAAUACACCUGUGACUGCUUACCAGGAUAUACCGGAUCACAAUGCGUAAUAAACAUCAAUGAAUGUGGCAGUAACCCUUGUCAGAAUGGCGGCAUUUGCACAGACUUAAUCAAUGGAUAUCGAUGUGACUGCCCCAUAGGUUUCAGUGAAUCUUAUUGUCAAUCAAACAUCAAUGAAUGUGAGAGUAACCCUUGUCAAAAUGGUGGCAUUUGCACAGAUGAAAUCAAUGGAUAUCGAUGUGACUGCCUCAAUGGCUUCAACGGAACUAAUUGUCAAUCAAAUAUAGACGAAUGUGCUCAUGACCCUUGUUUUAAUGGAGCUACGUGUACGGAUGGGAUUGGAGGAUUCACUUGCUCGUGUGCUCCAGGAUUUACAGGAAUAACAUGUGCAGUAGAUAUCAAUGAAUGUGAGAGUAACCCUUGUCAAAAUGGUGGCAUUUGCACAGAUGAAAUCAAUGGAUAUCGAUGUGACUGCCUCAAUGGCUUCAACGGAACUAAUUGUCAAUCAAAUAUAGACGAAUGUGCUAAGGACCCUUGUUUUAAUGGAGCUACGUGUACGGAUGGGAUUGGAGGAUUCACUUGCUCGUGUGCUCCAGGAUUUACAGGAAUAACAUGUGCAGUAGAUAUGAAUGAGUGUGCAAGUAACCCCUGUCAAAACGGAGCUACCUGUCAGGAUGGAAUCAAUGAAUACACAUGUGACUGCUUACCAGGAUAUACCGGAUCACAAUGCGUAAUAAACAUCAAUGAAUGUGGCAGUAACCCUUGUCAGAAUGGCGGCAUUUGCACAGACUUAAUCAAUGGAUAUCGAUGUGACUGCCCCAUAGGUUUCAGUGAAUCUUAUUGUCAAUCAAAUAUCAAUGAAUGUGAGAGUAACCCUUGUCAAAAUGGUGGCAUUUGCACAGAUGAAAUCAAUGGAUAUCGAUGUGACUGCCUCAAUGGCUUCAACGGAACUAAUUGUCAAUCAAAUAUAGACGAAUGUGCUAAGGACCCUUGUUUUAAUGGAGCUACGUGUACGGAUGGGAUUGGAGGAUUCACUUGCUCGUGUGCUCCAGGAUUUACAGGAAUAACAUGUGCAGUAGAUAUGAAUGAGUGUGCAAACCCCUGUGAAAACGGAGCUACCUGUCAGGAUGGAAUCAAUGAAUACACCUGUGACUGCUUACCAGGAUAUACCGGAUCACGAUGCGUAAUAAACAUCAAUGAAUGUGGCAGUAACCCUUGUCAGAAUGGCGGCAUUUGCACAGACUUAAUCAAUGGAUAUCGAUGUGACUGCCCCAUAGGUUUCAGUGAAUCUUAUUGUCAAUCAAAUAUCAAUGAAUGUGAGAGUAACCCUUGUCAAAAUGGUGGCAUUUGCACAGAUGAAAUCAAUGGAUAUCGAUGUGACUGCCUCAAUGGCUUCAACGGAACUAAUUGUCAAUCAAACAUCAAUGAAUGUGGCAGUAACCCUUGUCAGAAUGGUGGCUUGUGCACAGAUGAAAUCAAUGGAUAUCGAUGUGACUGCCCCAUAGGUUUCAGUGAAUCUAAUUGUCAAUCAAAUAUCAAUGAAUGCGGCAGCAACCCCUGUCGAAAUGGUGGUAUUUGCAUAGACCUAAUCAAUGGAUAUCGAUGUGACUGUCUCCAUGGCUUCAACGGAUCUAAUUGCGAAUCAAAUAUAGACGAAUGUGCUGAGGACCCUUGUUUGAAUGGAGCUACGUGUACGGAUGGGAUUGGAGGAUUCACCUGCUUGUGCGCACCAGGAUUUACAGGAAUAAAAUGUGCAGUAGACAUGAAUGAGUGUGUGAGUAUCCCCUGUCAAAACGGAGCUACUUGUCAGGAUGGAAUCAAUGGAUACACCUGUGAUUGCUUACCAGGAUAUAACGGAUCACGAUGCAUAAUAAACAUCAAUGAAUGUCAGAGUAACCCUUGUCAGAAUGGCGGCUUGUGCACAGAUGAAAUCAAUGGAUAUCGAUAUGACUGCCCCAUAGGUUUCAAUGGAUCUAAUUGUCAAUCAAAUAUCAAUGAAUGUGGCACCAACCCUUGUAAAAAUGGUGGCAUUUGCAUAGAUGAAAUCAAUGGGUAUCGAUGUGACUGCCCCAUAGGUUUCAAUGGAUCUAAUUGUCAAUCAAAUAUAGACGAAUGUGCUGAGGACCCUUGUUUGAAUGGAGCUACGUGUACGGAUGGGAUUGGAGGAUUCACCUGCUUGUGCGCACCAGGAUUUACAGGAAUAAAAUGUGCAGUAGAUAUAGACGAAUGUGCUGAGGACCCUUGUUUGAAUGGAGCUACGUGUACGGAUGGGAUUGGAGGAUUCACCUGCUUGUGCGCACCAGGAUUUACAGGAAUAAAAUGUGCAGUAGAUAUCAAUGAAUGUGAGAGUAACCCUUGUCAAAAUGGUGGCAUUUGCACAGAUGAAAUUAAUGGAUAUCGAUGUGACUGCCUCAAUGGCUUCAACGGAACUAAUUGUCCAUCAAACAUCAAUGAAUGUGAGAGUAACCCUUGUCAGAAUGGCGGCUUGUGCAUUGAUGAAAUCAAUGGAUAUCGAUGUGACUGCCCCAUAGGUUUUAAUGGAUCUAAUUGUGAAUCAAAUAUCAAUGAAUGUGGCACCAACCCUUGUAAAAAUGGUGGCAUUUGCAUAGAUGAAAUCAAUGGGUAUCGAUGUGACUGCCCCAUAGGUUUCAAUGGAUCUAAUUGUCAAUCAAAUAUAGACGAAUGUGCUGAGGACCCUUGUUUGAAUGGAGCUACGUGUACGGAUGGGAUUGGAGGAUUCACCUGCUUGUGCGCACCAGGAUUUACAGGAAUAAAAUGUGCAGUAGAUAUCAAUGAAUGUGAGAGUAACCCUUGUCAAAAUGGUGGCAUUUGCACAGAUGAAAUUAAUGGAUAUCGAUGUGACUGCCUCAAUGGCUUCAAGGGAACUAAUUGUCCAUCAAACAUCAAUGAAUGUGAGAGUAACCCUUGUCAGAAUGGCGGCUUGUGCACAGAUGAAAUCAAUGGAUAUCGAUGUGACUGCCCCAUAGGUUUCAAUGGAUCUAAUUGUGAAUCAAAUAUCAAUGAAUGUGGCACCAACCCUUGUAAAAAUGGUGGCAUUUGCAUAGAUGAAAUCAAUGGGUAUCGAUGUGACUGCCCCAUAGGUUUCAAUGGAUCUAAUUGUCAAUCAAAUAUAGACGAAUGUGCUGAGGACCCUUGUUUGAAUGGAGCUACGUGUACGGAUGGGAUUGGAGGAUUCACCUGCUUGUGCGCACCAGGAUUUACAGGAAUAAAAUGUGCAGUAGAUAUCAAUGAAUGUGAGAGUAACCCUUGUCAAAAUGGUGGCAUUUGCACAGAUGAAAUUAAUGGAUAUCGAUGUGACUGCCUCAAUGGCUUCAACGGAACUAAUUGUCCAUCAAAUAUCAAUGAAUGUGGCACCAACCCUUGUAAAAAUGGUGGCAUUUGCAUAGAUGAAAUCAAUGGGUAUCGAUGUGACUGCCCCAUAGGUUUCAAUGGAUCUAAUUGUCAAUCAAAUAUAGACGAAUGUGCUGAGGACCCUUGUUUGAAUGGAGCUACGUGUACGGAUGGGAUUGGAGGAUUCACCUGCUUGUGCGCACCAGGAUUUACAGGAAUAAAAUGUGCAGUAGAUAUGAAUGAGUGUGUGACUAACCCCUGUCAAAACGGAGCUACUUGUCAGGAUGGAAUUAAUGGAUACACCUGUGAUUGCUUACCAGGAUAUAGCGGAUCACAGUGCAUAAUAAACAUCAAUGAAUGUGACAGCAACCCUUGUCAAAAUGGCAGCAUUUGCAUAGAUGAAAUUAAUGGAUAUCGAUGUGAGUGCCCCCUAGCCUUCAAUGGAUCUAAUUGUCAAUCAAGUGAGUUACAAUUCGAUAUAAUUAGAUAGAAAGUGAAUUAAAGAAAACACCACAAAUCCUUUCCAAAACAUGAACAUAUCUAGGACACAAUUGAACUCCAUCAUUAAGUAGCCCAUUAACCAAUGAAUGUUUGUACAAGAAGAUAAAUACACAUUGAAGAAGAAAUAUGAACAAAUGGUAAAUCAAAGGUAUUCCAUAUCAACCUUCUCAAAAAUUAUCAUGAUAGAAUUUACACAUCUUCUCUUUCAGAUACUGAGAGUCAGACGGCUUGUACUCUCAUCGAAUACUAGGAUGACGACACCGAAGAUGACACAAAACCACAAUUAACAAACACACCUCUCUUACAGCUAUUUCCGUUUCAGGCUAGGGAAUCACUUGAUGAUGUCACAAUUAGCUCAGACCUUUCUUUUCCGCAGAAAGAACAAAUCGAUGAAUUCCUUAACUACUACCAAGAUGUCUUAUCAGAUCUACCUGGAUGCACCGCAUUAGGCUAAAAGUACAGCAUCUUGCUGAAAGAUAAUGACUAAACUAAAAAGUAAACCUAACCACAUUCCAUAUUCUAAUAGGGACACGGUCAGAGAGGAAGUAAAGACAAUGUUGUCUAUGGAAAUUAUUGAACCGGUAGGGAGUCAGUUUGCUUUUUGUACUUGUCAAAACGUCCGAUGGAACUAAUCGAUUGUUGUUGUUGUUUUGUCGAUUUUAGGAAACUCAACAAACUCACAUCGUUUGACGCAGAGCCAAUGCCCCAAAUCAGGAUAGGUUGUUCACUAAAAUUGCCCAUGCAAAACACUUCAGAAAAAUAUAUUAUAUAUUAAAGGAGACUGACAAAUCAAUACCUAUGUCACCAGAAUCAAAACCACUAACUGCUUUUCUCACAACCGAUGGUUUCUUUCAGUUUACAGUCAUGCCGUUUGGAUAAGUAAACACACCUACCUCCUUUAGUCGAAUGAUGAAACGGACUUGAUGGAACUAAUCGUUUGUUGUUGUUGUUGUUUUUUGUCGAUUUCAGGAAACUCAACAAACUCACAUCGUUUGACGCAGAGCCUAUGCCCCAAAUCAGGAUAGGUUGUUCACUAAAGUUGCCCAUGCAAAACACUUCAGAAAAAUAUAUUAUAUAUUAAAGGAGACUGACAAAUCAAUACCUAUGUCACCAGAAUCAAAACCACUAACUGCCUUUCUCACAACCGAUGGUUUCUUUCAGUUUACAGUCAUGCCGUUUGGAUUAGUAAACGCUCUACCUCCUUCAGUCGAAUGACGAGGAAACUUGUAAACGGACUUUAUGGAGCUGUGAACUAUAAAGACGACAUCUUGACCUACUCAAUCACUUGGGAAUAACACAUUGCAUGUCCCUGGGAAGCGGGGGUGCUGGAGAUGCCGAAACAACCAGCAAUAAAUUGUCAUGGGGAUGCUGCGUUUAUUUUUCUCCACAGGAAAUAUCCCCAGGUAUCCUGGAAGAUGUGUAAAAAUUGAGAAAAUGUAACCAAAACGACCUUCAUUUUCAGUGAAACCUUAUUUUUUCUUUCUUUCUAUCCAGGGAUUGUUUUGUAGCUGCGGAAGGGGUUAUUCUUCAAGGUUCAAGGUUAUUUCUUUUUGCUUUUCAAAUUUCUCAUUACAAAUUAUCCAACAACUAGUCCAAUUUGUAGUGAAACCCCUUGUUUUCUAUAUUUUUAUUUUCUUUUGCGCCCCCAGUAACAAAAGAAUCGUUCUCAGGACCCUGACACAUUGCGACACACAAUGAGCUACCCAGUAGACUACGAGCUGCAAAGCUAGCCUCUAGGCCCAGCAAGUGUUUCGAACUUGUGUAGCGAUAAUGUAGGAGCAGAUCUUUUAAGUAGAUUUUAGGUAGAUUGUAAGUUAAUCGUAAAUGAAUAAAAGAAGUGUAAUAUGCAUUUCCCCAAAAGGGGGAGUAAAAUGUGACAUUGAAAAUGCAUUUUAUCCCAGUUUAUUUUCCUUUAUUAGCCAAAUAAUUUAACCCUGUACUCGAGCCAAGUAGAGUUUUUUUCUUCAGAGCUGCUUUCCUGAUUGCGUUGCUAAACAUUACUACCUGCCUGCAUGAAGUCAGAAAACAGUUUGUAUAACAUUUCAGAGCCUGUUUGCUGACGUCGCCGGUAAGUGUAAAAAUGACUUUUCAC